UUGAAACUAUAUGAAAUGCAUGAUGUUUUGCGUGAAUUGGCCUUGAGGGAAGCUCAGAAGGAGAAUCUAUUAUGUCUAAAAAAUGAUGACUCUAUCAUUAGUGUGGGGUUUAGGAGAAGUCAACUAAUAAACUCCUCUCGUAUAUCUCAUCCAUGGAGUAUCCAAUCAAAAAUUUUCAGCACCUUUUCAUUUUUGGAUUUAUCCAAUAACGGCAACAGUAAGCAGUUUAAUUGUCAUUUAAAGUUCUUAAGGGGAUUGAUACUAGAUGCGCAAGGCUACAGAGCCUAUUCGUUCAUAAGCCUAGUGCAUUUGAGAUGGCUAAUGUAUGACUUUGCUUUGAAACUUAAUUCUCUACCCUUGUUCAUGUUAUGGAAUUUGCAGAAGCUAGAUGUAGGUGAUCGUUCACUAUAUGAAACCCUUAAUAUUUCGGGAUUGCCCCAACUGAAGAAUCUCAAUGUUGGGGGAGGCAUUACACUGGUUCCUCCAAGAUCAGUUCAUCAUAAUUUGGAGAGCAUUAGAUAUUUGAAUUAUAUGAGUUGUACAGAGGAGCUGUUUAUGAGAAUCCCAAAUCUAAGGACAUUGGGAGUUCACCUGAAACGCAAAGCAUUCAAUUGGUUCCAAAACCUUGCCUAUUUAUAUAAACUGGAAGAUCUGCAAGUUCAUGGCGAACUUCUUCAUCCGAAGUUUAGUACUAUCCAUUCUACGGGGACUUUGAGCAUAGAGAAUUUUUUGCCAAAUCUUAAGAAAUUGAAACUCUUUGAAACAGAAUUAAAUUGGAAGGAUAUGAAUGUUGUUGGGAUGUUGCCUAAGCUUGAGGUCCUCAUCUUGGAGGAUAAUGCUGCUGUUGGCAAAAAAUGGAAACCCAAAGAUGGAGGAUUUCAUGGAUUAAAGUUGUUAAUCAUAGGAACUUGUGAUCUACAAAUUUGGAAAGCCACGGGUGACCAUUUUCAUGUCCUUGAAUGUCUAGUCCUCAAGAGAUUAGAGGGUUUAAAAAAGAUUCCUAGGACUUUGCAUAUAUAACUACUCUCAAAUCAAUCAAGUUAUAUGACUGUUCAGAGUCAGCAAUAUCUUCCGCCAAGUGUAUUCAAGAGGAGCUACGAGACUACGGAAACAACGCUUUUACUGUUGAUAUUUUAGGGUUUGGUGACUUUGAACAUUUGAGUUGGUAUUAAAGUUGUUGCACGUUCCAGUAAAGAUGAUUUUCCCUUGGUUGAGAAUGCGUAG